CCAGCAAUCAACUAUCGGUGCCGAUUAAUCGGCAAAACCGAUACAUUGGUCGACCUCAAAUAUAUAUGUAUAUGUAUGUGUGUAUAUGUAUAUGUAUAUGGAUAUAUAUUGUUAAAAAUAGAAGGACAGAAAACAGAAAUGGAUAGAUUGUGUGAAUUAACAGAUAUGGGUGAGCAUUUUAAAUUGAUGUGCUUUUUGUGUUGACGCUGUUAUUUUUAAUUUAGUAAUAUAAUAAUCUGCAGAGAGCCAACACUUUAUAUUUGUAAGGCUUAAAGGACAUCUGCUUCACUCACAUAAUUGUCUAAAUCUGUAAAUUUGUUUUGUAAAAAUUACUGAGCAAUAAAUGCUGGAAUAUUCCCAUCAGAUCACAAGUGAAGACGAGCUUCAAAUCAUCAGGAAGAGCUGAAAUCUGCAAAGACAGGGUUUAUUAAAGAGCACAGAGAGAAGAUGAGAGAUCCAGAACCCUGCAAAAUCAAACAGACUGAACAUAUUCAAGAACUAUCAGUUGAAUGAAGAACUGCGUGAAGUUAAGGAGAAAAGUCAUAUUAAAACUGGAGAAAAACAUUUGAGUUGCUCUCAAACCAAACAGAAUGAUUUAAAGGAAAGAAGAGCCAAGAAACCUUUAACCUGCACUCAGUGUGGAAAGAGUUUGGCAAGCAAACGUAAUCUUGAGCUUCACAUGAGAGUUCACACCGGAGAGAAACCGUACACAUGUGAUCAUUGUGGAAAGAGUUUCACAAUAAAAGGACACCUCAAAGAACACAUGAACAUCCACACUAGAGAGAAAGUGUACUCAUGUGAUCAGUGCGGCAAAGCAUUUUUGUGGGCUUCAUACUUGAACACACACCUGAGAGUUCAUACAAAGGAGAAACCACAUUCAUGUAAUUUGUGUGGAAAGAGUUUUUCACGUCUACAACAUUUGAAAGAACAUCAGAAAAUACAUACUGGUGUGAGAGAGUACAUGUGCUUUGAGUGUGAAAAGACUUUUACUUCAGCUAAACAUUUGAAACUGCAUGAGAGGAUCCACACUGGAGAGAAACCUUACAAGUGUUCACACUGUGAAAAGAGAUUCAGUGAUUCAUCAAGUCGGAAAAAACAUGAGAGGAUCCACACUGGAGAGAAACCAUACAAAUAUCCAGAUUGUGACAAGAAAUUCAGUCAUUCAACACAACUGAAAAGACAUGAAAUUAUCCACACUGGAGAGAAACCAUUCACAUGUGAUCAGUGCGGGAAGAGUUUUGGACUAAAAGGAAACUUUAUGGUGCACAUGAGAGUUCAUACUGGAGAGAAACCAUUCACUUGUGAUCAGUGUGGAAAGAGUUUCACACAAUUAUCACAUCUUAAGGGCCACAUGAACAUCCACACUGGAGAAAAACCAUACUCAUGUGAUUAAUGCGGAAAAACAUUUUUGUGGGCUUCAGACGUGAAGAAACACCUGAGAGUUCAUACAAAGGAAAAGCCACAUUCAUGCCAUUUGUGUGGAAAGGGUUUUUCAUGUCUAAAUAAUUUGAAAGUGCAUCAGAAAAUACAUACUGGUGUGAGAGAGUACAUGUGCUUUGAGUGUGAAAAGACUUUUAGUUCAGCAAGCAAUCUGAAACUGCAUGAGAGGAUCCACACUGGAGAGAAACCUUAUAAGUGUGCACACUGUGACAAGAGAUUCAGUGUGUCAUCAAGUCAGAAAAAACAUGAGAGGAUCCACACUGGAGAGAAACCAUAUCACUGCACUGCAUGUGGAAAGUGUUUCAAUAAUUCAUCUUCUCUACACAGUCAUACAAAAAACUAUCACAGUUAGUAGAUCAUCUUCAGAUCCUGCACUUUUAGGUCUGAUGCUGCGACUUCAUCAAUUGUGACACAAUAAUGCAUCAAGCAGUUAAGUAUCAUCUGGAUAAAGCUGUCCUAACCAGUCAUUACAAGUGACAUUACAAAGAAACAUUAUCUAAAGUUUUCACAGUGAAUAAAGUUCAUCUUCGUCUUCAAAACCAGCAGAUUCAACUGUGAGAUUCAGAUCAACUUAAAGAUGGAGUUCAUCUCCAAAGAACAAUGUCACAAAGCUGUAUUCUUGUAAAUCAUUUUGCUUCAUGAUAUAAAUAUAUUCGAUUUUUCUUAUGAGUUUCAUGUUAUGUUCAAUUGCCUUAUAAUUAGGGCUGCAACAACUUAUCGAUAAAAUUGAUUAUUAUCGAUUAUGAAAAUCAUGGACAGCAAUUCUCAUUAUUGAUUAGUUGGGUCUUCCCACAGUGCCCGUCCAACUUCAGCCGGUUGUGUUAAAUUCCAUCACUGAAUUAUGCAUUUCUAUGGACAAAAAGCAUCUAAAAUUAGUGGAUUAAACAGAAUGAGAUGCUGUGGGAGAGUUACGUGAUCCAAACUGCCCAAAACAAGAUAAUUAUUUAUUUUAAGCUAAUGCAUUAGCGUAAUGGCUUGUCUUGUCAGGUGGUUUAACUGAUGAUGCAUGUGCGUCCUCAGUAGGGGGGGGUACAGAGAACCGGUAUUUUUCUUGAACCGGUACAUAAUUGGAUUGAUACCGGAAUACCGAUAAGCUUCGGGACAAGCGAUACUGUUAUCAAUACUUCCGUUGUUUUGUCUCCAUAUACUUCAAUGUGCAAUAUUAAUUAUGCAUAUAUUUAUUCUGUUAUAAAAGAGAAUUGUGAGAUUGGGAUAACCUGAGAUGUCUUUUAGAGAUUAUAAAUGCAGCA